AAUCAAAGGGUGGUGCGAGUGUAGUUUUAAAUGCGUGGCAUCGGUGUUGACGGCCGUAGCUUUAUUAUAUAAGGGUGUUGUUGUUGUUGUGUCUGUGGGUAAAGGCGCAGACGCUGCUGUGUCGUUACACUCGCAGCCUGUGGGUCACGCAGCUGAUGCCGGCGGUCUGGCCGCUGGGCCAUGUGUUGUUGCCGGCAGCCCGUGUCGCCACAAGACUUGUUUGUGACGCUGAUCGUAUCUGGCGGAAAUCUAAAUGCGACUCAUUUUUCGAAGAUACACAGCCGUGUCUUGGGGUCGUGCUCGCGUCACUGAAAUCGGGGCUUGGUCACAGACUGGCACGGAGGGCCACGCGUGUCGUUGGUUACUCAGUGGGGACCACGCGUGUCGUUGGUGUUCAGUGGGGACCACGCGUGUCGUUGGUGCUCAGUGGGGACCACGCGUGUCGUUGGUUACUCAGUGGGGACCACGCGUGUCGUUGGUGCUCAGUGGGGACCACGUGGCUCGUUGGUGCUCAGUGGGGACCACGCGUGUCGUUGGUUACUCAGUGGGGACCACGCGUGUCGUUGGUUACUCAGUGGGGACCACGCGUGUCGUUGGUUACUCAGUGGGGACCACGCGUGUCGUUGGUGCUCAGUGGGGACCACGUGGCUCGUUGGUACUCAGUGGGGACCACGCGUGUCGUUGGUACUAGGUGGGGACCACGUGGCUCGUUGGUUACUCAGUGGGGACCACGCGUGUCGUUGGUACUCAGUGGGGACCACGUGGCUCGUUGGCACGGUCAGGACUCGCGUGUGGCUGGCACGGAGGGUUCCUGGCGACUGCUGGUUCCAAUCCCCGUGGGCACAGUCUGUGCUACAGACACGACAGCUUCUUCUCUGCAACACUCGACCAGGUCAGCUGCAUCUGUCACCUCCAGAGGGGCUGUGUCCAGGGCCAUGCGGGCGCUGUGGGACCUCCUCCUCGUCGGUGCGAUGCUGGGGUGCAUGGCGGAACAGCAGGUGCUGGUGAAGCGGGUACAGGAGGGAGGCACCGUUGUGUUGAACUGCACCGAGGCAUCCGACGUGAACCACUGGUUCUGGUUGCCCGACUUUCAAGAGUGCGCGGAGGGCAAACCUGCGUCGGAGCAAUUCGACGGUCGGAUCGAAAUGACGAGCAACCCCGACUGCGAGCUCGUGCUGCGCAACCUGACGGCGAGAGACGCGGGGAAGCUCAUCGUGCCGGAGAGCAUGCACCGGAACGUGGAGCUCGUGAUCACGCCCGACUGCACCGGGCUGCACAUCCAAGCGUCUCCACAUGGCCCCUUCAUGGUCAGCGCGUCUGUCAACCUCACCUGCCGGCUUCCCCGGCACGUCUCAUCUGCCACCCCCGUGCGCUGGACCUUCUUCACGCUGGGGAAGGGCGCAGCCGAGCAGCACGGAGAGGUGGUGACGGCCAGCAGGGAAGGGCUGUGGACCUGCACCGUCGGGGAUCGCGCCACCCACUUCUGCCUCAGCAAAUCGAGCUCGUCCACGAUGAAUGGCUGGUGGUGCAACGAGACCAAGCUGGUGAUGAGCGAGGUCGGUCGUUCUUCCGAGAGCAGCCCGUGGACCAUCUCGUCGCUCCCUAUGCCCUUGCUCAUCGCCGUCUGCGUGGGAGCAGCCCUGCUGCCGCUGCUGCUUCUGUCAGCAAUCAUUUACGCCUGCUUCAUGAGGAACAAAGUACUACUCUCUCCAUACGCAACCCAGUAUGACUGCAAGCCACAUACAAUGCUGCCAGACAAAGCAAUGGCCGUACCCAACCAUGUACUGGACCGUUACCAAGAGUCUGUGGAGGAGGACUGUGGCGAGGAAUACGUGCCGAUGAGUGGUCUGAGUCAAGGAAGUGGAACUGAGAUAGAGAUAGAAUUGCAAGACUACGAGAACAUCAGCAAGUCUGAGACGGUAUCUGGAAAUGCAGAAGCGCAACCUCGCAGGAAUGAAGAUGUCUACUUCAACGACGAUCUCUAUGGAGAAGUGGAAUGAAGUGUUACAGAAUAUUCGGACA